UGACUACAACUGUAUCACAAUAAAACACGCUUACUAGAAUUGUGAUGGUUUUAUUUUGAAAAGGGGCCACCGGAUGUUCUGCUGUUGUUACAAACAUACUGGUCCAAAGAAGGAAGCUGCACAACUUGACAGGUUACUGCUAAGAUAAACCACAUGCAAAGAUGAGCGUCCCAGACUACAUGCAAUGUGCCGAGGACCACCAGACGGUACUAGUGGUGGUCCAGCCGGUCGGCAUUGUACCCGAGGACCAGUUCUUCAAGAUCUACAAACGCAUCGCCAGCGUGAGCCAGGUGAGCAUCAGGGACUCCCAGCGACUCCUCUACAUCCGCUACCGCCACCACUACCUGCCUGAAAACAAUGAGUGGGGAGACUUCCAGACGCACCGCAAGGUGGUGGGCCUCAUCUCCAUCACCACCUGUGCCUCGGCCAAGGAGUGGCCCCAGACUGCAGAGCGCUUCCACGGCCAGAAGGAGGUGUACAGCUCCACGCUGUUCGAUUCGCGGCUGCUGGUGUUCGGGCUGCAGGGAGAUAUCGCAGAGCAGCAGCGGACAGACGUGGCCUUCUACCCCAGCUUUGAAGACUGCCCCGAUGUGGAGAAGAGAGUGGAUGACUUUGUGGAGUCGAUAUUUAUUGUUCUGGAGUCCAAGCGGCUUGACCGGGCCACUGACAAGUCAGGAGACAAGAUACCACUGCUCUGUGUGCCCUUUGAGAAGAAGGACUUUGUGGGUUUGGACACGGAUAGCAGGCAUUACAAAAAGCGUUGCCAGGGGCGGAUGAGGAAGCAUGUCGGGGACUUGUGUCUCCAAGCGGGCAUGCUGCAGGACGCCCUGGUCCACUACCACAUGGCUGUGGAGCUGCUCAGGGGGGUUAAUGACUUCCUCUGGCUGGGUGCUGCGUUGGAGGGUUUGUGUUCAGCCUCCGUCAUAUUCCACUACCCCGGAGGCACAGCGGGGAAGACAGCAGGACGCAAGCCAAGCUUGUCCCAGCCAGCAGACGCAGGGAAACGCCACAGACCAGGCGCUCAGGAGGUUCUCAUUGAUCCAGGUGCCCUCACGGCCAACGGCAUUAGUGCAGACACCAGCACUGAGAUUGGAAGAGCAAAGAACUGCCUGAGUCCUGAGGACAUUAUCGAGAAAUACAAAGAGGCCAUCUCCUACUAUGGAAAGUAUAAGAACGCGGGCGUGAUCGAGCUGGAGGCCUGCGUGAAAGCGGUCCGGGUGUUGGCCAUUCAGAAGCGGGCGAGGGAGGCCUCCGAGUUCCUACAGAACGCCGUUUAUAUCAACCUGGGACAGCUCUCAGAAGAGGAGAAGAUCCAGCGCUACAGCAUACUGUCCGAGCUCUACGAGCUGAUCGGCUUCCAUCGCAAGUCAGCGUUUUUCAAGCGCGUCGCAGCCAUGCAGUGUGUGGCUCCCACCAUCCCAGAGCCGGGCUGGAGGGCCUGCUACAAGCUGCUGCUGGAGACGUUGCCUGGAUACAGCCUGUCACUUGACCCCAAGGACUUCAACAAAGGUACCCACCGAGGCUGGGCUGCUGUUCAGAUGCGCCUCCUACAUGAACUGGUGUACGCCUCCCGUCGCAUGGGCAACCCCGGCCUGUCUGUGCGCCACCUGUCCUUCCUGCUGCAGACCAUGCUGGACUUCCUGUCUGAUCAAGAGAAGAAAGAGGUGACCCAGAGUCUGGAGAACUACACCUCCAAGUGUCCGGGUGGAAUGGAGGUCAUUACGCUUCCUGAUGGCCUGAAGCUCCCUCCGGUGCCUUUUACAAAGCUCCCCAUUGUCCGAUCAGUGAAGCUCCUCAAUCUGCCCGUCAGUCUGCGUCCUCACAAAGUGAAAGGCCUGCUGAGUCAGAAUAUGUCCACCGCCAGCCCCUUCAUCUACUCGCCAAUCAUCAUGCACAACAGAGGAGAGGAGCGUUGUAAGAAGAUCGACUUCCAGUGGGUUCAAGGAGAUGUUUGUGAAGUGCAGCUCAUGGUCUACAACCCCAUGCCGUACGAACUGCGUGUGGAGAACAUGGGUUUGCUGACAUCUGGUGUGGAGUUUGAAUCCCUGCCUGCUGCGCUGUCCCUGCCUGCAGAGUCUGGCCUGUACCCCGUCACUCUGGUUGGCGUCCCGCGUACAGCUGGCAACAUCACUGUCAAUGGUUACCACACGUCUGUGUUUGGUGUGACCAGCGAUUGCCUGUUGGAGGGCCUGUCUAGCGUGAAGACUAGUGGCUGUUUGGUGGAGGUCAUUCCCUCCCUUCCUCGUCUCCAGCUCAGCACAUCACUACCACGGUCAGCCCACACGUCUCAGCCAACGUCCAAAGAGGAGCUGUCCAGCACCGUGUCCGUCCAGCUUUUCAACGGAGAGACGCAGCAGCUGACCAUCACCUUGGAGAACAUUGGAUCUGUGGACAUCGAGACUCUGGAGCUCACCUCUAAGACUGUCAACACCAAAGAGAAAGUGUUUGGGGAUUUUCUGAGCUGGGAGCUAGAGGAGGCUUUGUCUCACCUGCCUCUAAAGUCUGGCCAGGCCGUGACACUGACCGUCAGCAUCAAAGUCAAGCUGGACUUCUCUGGUCAGGAGAACCUGCUGCAGGACCUCAAUGAUGAUGGGAUCAGUGUGACAGGCCUGCCAAUAUCCAGUCCGCUGCGCCAAGUCCUCAAACCCCGGCCCGAGAACAAAUCUGUCGGCAGCGAGUCCGGCAAGGCAGAGUACAGCCAUGUUAAGAGUUUGGAAGCAGUGCUGAACUUCAAGUACUCGGGGGGAGCUGGCAAAGUGGAGGGCUACUACCGGGAGCUGUCUUUGGGAGUCCAUGUUGACGUGGAGCCAUCUGUGUUCUUCACCAGAGUCAACACCCUCCCUGCAACCAGCACCCGCCAGUGUCACCUACUGCUGGACAUCUUCAACCCAACAGAGCAUGAGCUCACUGUCAGCGCCAAGAACAACCAGGACCUGGUUCUCCAUGCCAGCGAGUGCCAGAGGAUGGCCAUCCAGGUGGACAAGUUUGACUUUGAGAGUCUGCCACAGCCGGACCAGGAGACAGCACGCUUCACUAACCCCAAACAGCUGGAGGAGGAGCGACAGCAUGCCCAGGGCUGCCAGAUCAACAGCAAGCUGGGCAUCUGUUGGAGCAUCCCUUCCCUGCGGCGUCGUGGAGAGGCCAGUGUGGAGGGAGUCCUCAACCAGCUGGUCCUGGAGCACCUACAGCUCGCUCCUUUGCAGUGGGAUGUGUUGGUGAAUGGGAAGCCAUGUGACUGCGAUGUCAUUGCCGACUGUAAAGCGGGUGAAGCUGUGACCCUGGAGGUACAACUGACCAAUCUGAGCAAGAACUCAGUGGGGCCCCUGGCUCUGACUGUGGUGCCCUAUCAGGACUACCAGAACGGAGUCCAGAACUACGAUCUGGAGGACGCGGUCACCUUCAUCGGCUCCAACACCUUCUACAUCGAAACGGUUAAACCCAAAGAAAACUCUGUCUGUGUGGGAGCCCUGCUCUUCCUCUACACUGGAGAUUUCUACCUUAACAUCAAGUUCCAGGACGACAGUGCUGGACGAGAGCUUCCUUUAGCCUGGUUCACUCUGCCCAGUGUCCACAUCCGAGCCCUGGAUGCUCCGCUACAGGCCGGGGCCUGAGCGGCUGGUGGCAUCAUCAUUUUAGCUCUGAGUGAAAGAUGAAGGGUUUUGUUGCUGAUGUUCUCUGUAAAUACAAUAUUCUUAUGAAUUCAAUCACAUGUAAAUAUAACUUUGUUAAAGGUUGCAGCAUUUGAAUAUACACACUCCUGCACACUGUCAGUGUGUACGUUGCUAUCUAGCUAAUGAUACAGCUAACAUUUUUACAGUUGGCUGUUUUGGGUUGAUUAGAAACAAGCCGUUUCUCUUUCUUUCUGAACGCUUUUUAAAGGCUCGGACCUAAAUCAGUUAAUAGUUUUAUAGUUGAAGUAAAUUUGCAUUGUGCUUUCGCGUUGAGUUUAAGUUUGACACAUGAAUUCACAACAUUGACCAAUAGCAAACUGUACUGAUCUCUGACGGAACUGAGCUGGACUUGAUUUUCUUUUCUUUCCUGAAGGCAUCACCCAUCCUACUUUGCCUCUGAUUGGCUUACCCUAUAUAUAUAUAUUCUAUAUAUACAUAUAUAUAGAAUAUAUAUACAGAAUAUGUACUGUAUAUUUUCAAUUCAAUUUUUCACAUUAUAAGAACAGUGAGCAAAAAACAAAUAAGAAAAAAAAAACACAUGAGGUCAUGCGCUGGGCAGUAAAUUAAGGCAAAUAUAAAAACAAACAAAUUUAAAAUAAAACAUUGCACAUGGUACAUAUAAUGAUUAUAAAAGAUCUGUCUCAUUGGAUGAAUGCCAAGUACCAUUUUUCAUGGACCAUUUUUCUCCCAAUUCUUUUGGGAGUUCCAGAAGAGGUAGCUGUGUUAUACUGAAACCAGUAUUUUGUAAUUGCCUUCUUACUUGCUGCCAGCAAGAUCUUUAGGAGGUAGGUAUCAUCUUUACUUAGUCCGUCAGGGAUAUAUCCAAGAUAGAGGCAUGUGAAUGUCAAACUAAUAUAUUAUCAAAGCCACAUUUUUUUUACGAUCUUGCAUAUGUAGGUGAUACCAGAAUAGGCCCACUGUCUAUAUCUAUGAUCUCGCAAUGCUGGCAUAAAAUCAGGCCAUGCGGCCAUCUAUGCAAUUUAACCUCUCUUAUGCUGAUAUUUUUACCCUAACCCCUAAUCUCACUCCUCAUGCCUAAACCUAACCAAUCCAACCAACCAAGGCAAAGAGUACUAGCCAAUCAGAGGCAGAGUAGGGUAGGUCACUUCUUAGGAGGAUUUGUAAUUUAGCAAGCAGGACAGUCCACAAUAUAGUGAGCUAUCUUAUUAGCUGUGUUGCACCAUCUAAUUUUACUGACCCUGCUCUGUCGGAGUAUAAACGCUCCACCAAAAGCUCCACUGAAGAGAUGCAGUAUGGUUUCUAUGGUCAAUGUGAGACAGGAAUAGAUGCUACAAUUGCAUUUACUGGAAUUAACUGUGUAAACUUAUUUCCGGUUUGCGCCUUUUUAGCUAGCCAGCUUGCUAACUUGUAGUUAGCUAAGUGUUGGCUAGCUAGUCUAGUAGCAACGAAUGGUAGCCAGGGCAUGAAAUGCAAACGAAGUAGUCACUAUGUCACCAGGCUUCCAGCGCCUACUAUUUUGCGAGGAUAUUCGCACGUCCAAUUUAUUUUGCGUCCGAGCACUAACAUCAUUGUCACACUUUUUCUUAUUUUUAGUAGUUUGAUUGUUGAAUCACAGUGCCAUUUAUUCCGUUGAGUCUUUUGUUACCUUGUAUUUCGAAUUACAAAAUAUCUACUGAAGGAAAACAAGAAGAAUUUGUGUUACUGGGCAGAAGAUUGAUGAAGAAAAAGAAGAAGAAGAAGAAGAGGAGCUUUAAACCAACACUGGAAAUGUGAUUAGCCAGAAUCUAUAGCCAGUUAUUUACACAUAAAAUCUAUUUAUUUCUACUGCUGUAUGGACAUUUUCUUUGUGCCACAACACUGAAUUACUGAUGAAUCUGACCGUCCUAGAUUAGCCUAUCAUUAUGUGUGACAUAUAAUUGUUGUAAAUAAAUGUUAAAAGAAG